AGGUUUCAGCCCCACAGUCGGAUGUAUAGUUCACCCUCAGUGUGCAUCUCCCGACACAAGGGGGAAACUAUGUGGGCACAGCCUGAUGAGUCAGGGACUCCUUGCCCUGGGGCAAGACUGCCAGCAGAUUUCGCAUCUUCCUCGGCGACAUCAAGCCUGCUGGACUUUCCUCUCCGGUGGGAGUACUAGCAAUACCAUGAGCUCCUCCGAGGCUGCUCGUCCUAUCUUCCUCCAGGGAGAGAACUGCAAGCCGUCAUGGAAGGAGGCAGAUGCUGGCUUCAAUCAGACGGACACCCACUUAGAGAUCUUGGGCAAACCAGUGAUGGAGAGGUGGGAGACCCCUUAUAUGCAUUCUCUGGCUACGGUAGCAGCAUCCAAAGGCGGCCGUGUGCUGGAAGUAGGGUUUGGCAUGGCCAUCGCCGCCACCAAACUGGAAGAGUUUGACAUUGAAGAGCACUGGAUCAUUGAAUGCAAUGAGGGCGUCUUCCAGAGGCUGCAGGAGUGGGCCAAGAAACAGCCACACAAGGUCGUCCCCUUGAAGGGGCUGUGGGAAGACGUGGCGCCAACGCUGCCAGAUGGACACUUUGACGGCAUCCUCUAUGAUACCUACCCCCUCUCAGCAGAAACCUGGCACACCCACCAGUUCAGCUUUAUCAAGGGUCACGCUUUCCGCUUGCUGAAAGCCGGCGGCGUGCUUACCUACUGCAACCUGACGUCCUGGGGGGAGCUGCUCAAGACGGAGUACACGGACAUCGAGAAGAUGUUUGAGGAGACUCAAGUUGCACACCUGAUGGAGGCAGGGUUCAAGAAGGAGAACAUAAGCACCAGCGUGAUGGACUUGCUCCCGCCCGAGGACUGCCGCUACUACUCCUUCCACAAGAUGAUCACGCCCACCAUCCUCAAACAGUGAGCAGCCAUCCAGCACCCACUCCCGUCUCGCUCGCUCGGCUGCUGCAACGAAGAGCAAGAGAAGAAAUCCUGCCAGCAGGAGUGAAAACGAAAUCAAGGACUGGCUAUUGACAAUCCAGGGAGGGGAGGAAAUAUUCAUCUCUUUACGGUACUAAUGAGGGAACAUUAACAUAUCGACUGGACUUUCCAGGAAGACUGGAGGGCGGGGAGGAUUUUGGAAAGUAUAGUUGGAAGUUUGUGACAGUUUAGAACUAGCACGUCGGUAGUGGACCCUGCACCACAAAGGGGCCAAGUGGCAAGGACUGGGAUUCAGGACGCCUGCCUUCUAUUCCCAGUGCUGCCACUGAGCUGCUGGUGCGUAUGAACAAGUCACUGCCCCCUCUGUGCCUCAGUUUCCCCAUCCACAAUACAUCAUUAUCCCCUUCUCCCCACAAUGCUUUCAGAUCUAUGGCUGUAAGGCACUAGGUCAGAGCUAGGUGUUAUUUGGUCAAAGAAACGGUCCUGGGUGCAGACCCCUUGUGGGAUGGCCUGACUGUGGAUCUGGGGCAUUUCUCCUACGUUUUUAAAGAAUGUUUUUAUUGUGGGGUUUGACCAGCGCUCAGAGCCCUAGCUGUAGGCUCCACAAGGUUGAUUAAAGUAAAAAUCAGGAGGGGACUGUAGGUAACUUGGAGGGAUUUCCAAAUCUAGGCUCCCUGUGGAACACUGUCCUUUUUUUAAAGAUCAAGACUUGACUCUCCACGACAAGCUGAGUAAAGUACCCUUCACCCCAGAGCUUAAUUCUGAAAGCCUGACAUUUGCAUUUGUGUAAUUAAAUGAGAUUCAGACAACUCCCAGAGCAAAUCUCGUGGGAAACUCUCCUCGUAUUUUUGGCUAAUGGCCUGUUUUUAAUUAAGAUUUUGGUAACAUUCUUAUGACCUUCCUGGAAGUUUACCACUACAUGAAUAAUUACCCACCUCUGUACACAGAUGUGGUGGACAUGCUAUUAAUACGAACACUAAAGACAUUAAAUUGAUUUCAAUCUA